AUGACCAGUGAGAACCGUGCAAACCAGACCCUCGUUGGAGAACUGUUUGAAGAGUCAUUUACCACCAUUUUUGACGGUAAUGAAGAAAACGAACAACGACUUCUGGACUUUAAUAAUAUGAGACGCUCAGGAUCCGAUUUGAAAAUGGAUGAAGAAAGUGAACUACUGGAAAGCUCCGUGCCAAAAUCAGUCGGGGGUUCAGUGGAUCGAACCCCGUACAAUCCUAGCUCUGGCAAAGACGGGGAGGCUGAAGCCAAUUCCAAGUCGGAACCAGUUCAGAAUUUGCGGAAAAGAAAGGCGAAAGGUGGUGAAACGAGUGUAAAAUUCCGGCAAAGCCCCGAACCAAAGGUGGUGGUCGAAUCAGCCGACACGCAGUUGGAAUCCAGUCAGGUCACGACGGAGGACCAGUCGUCGCUAUUUGCCGAGAAAGAUCCGGAUUCUACAACUGAAGAUCAGGAUCAAGCACAAACACCACAGAAGACGUAUGAGCCUACUGGCAAAGUUCAUCGAGGGACACCAGAGCAGGCUAUAGCCACGAGGCCGAUGUCGAAGUUGGCAAAACAACUGACAGCUCCGCUUCCUUUAAAAAGUAGGCAACCUACGGAACAUGAGGCCCAACAACCUCCGCUGCAGCAAAACUCGCCUGAUCCUCAGGUUGAGCAGGAGGCACUGGAGUUGCCACAAAAUCAAGAAGCGCAACUGUCUAAAUCAACAAAAUCCGCGGGGCAUAGAGCGGUCGACGCGGUUGUGUUGCCGCCUAUAGUUCCAAUUGAAAAGGAAGAAAUCGGACCUUUAGCUGGAGCUAGUUCAGCUAGCGAGUCUGCGGAGCGUAAAGACAUCAGUUCCGAUGUCGCCAACAAGCCUGGGCGAUGCUAUAUUUUAUAG